UUAGCGAUAACAGCCCUGCUGCCUGUAGUGAAUGAUAGCCGUUUAACUAACAGAAUGAGGAGAUAGCGCAGAGUCGAGUAUUGACUCUCUGUGAUUGAGAAACCAUGACCCAUUUCUUUAGUCUGUAGUAUUGCUAAGUUGGCAGUCGCUGUUAGCUCGGGUAAAAGCUAGCUCAGCUCUGUCUUACAUUGUUGUUUACCACCGUUUUUACACCCAAGUGCCUGGAGAAAUGCAGAGAAUAAGGUCAUUGAAAACCGGCUGGCAGCUGCUGAGGUCAAGCUGUGAGGGAGCUGCAAAACAAGUAAACAUCUCCCAGGCAAUCUCUCGAAGUUAUAUCCAUCGCCCUCCUCAGGGCCCCAACUCCUUUGGGCUCCUCUUUGACAUCGAUGGGGUUCUAGUGCGAGGCAGGACACCUAUCCCUGCAGCCAAGCAGUGCUUCAGGAACUUGGUGGACCGCAAUGGAAAAUACAAGGUGCCUGUGGUGUUUGUCACUAAUGCCGGAAACUGCAUGAGACAAACCAAAGCUGAACAUCUGUCACACCUGCUAGAUGUUGAGGUGUCUCCAGACCAGGUCAUGCUGUCCCACAGUCCUUUGCGAAUGUUUACCCAGUUCCACAAAAUGCGUGUGCUGGUUUCGGGACAGGGUCCUGUGAAAGAGGUGGCUCACAACUUAGGCUUUCAGGAUGUCAUUACAAUAGACAUGCUCAGAGAAGCAUACCCUCUUCUAGAUGUUGUAGAUCACAACAGACGGCCCAAAGACAGUAUACCUCCAACCAAAGGCUUACCGCCAAUAGAUGCUGUCAUUUUAUUUGGUGAGCCAAUCAGAUGGGAGACCAACCUCCAGCUGAUUGUUGACGUGCUCCUUACUAACGGGAACCCUGACAAUAACUGGAGCUCAGUGAAGUACCCUCACAUUCCCGUCCUAGCCUGUAACAUGGACCUGCUGUGGAUGGCUGAGGCCAAGAAUCCCAGGUUUGGUCACGGCAUGUUUCUGGUGUGCUUAGAGAGUCUCUUCAAGAAGGUGACCGGUAAUGAUCUGAAGUACGAGGCUCUGAUCGGUAAACCCAGCGUGGUGACAUAUAACUAUGCUGAGCUGCUGGUCAGACAACAGGCUGAGGGACUUGGCUGGACCACGCCUGUGAAGAGGCUGUAUGCUAUAGGUGAUAACCCCAUGGCCGACAUUUAUGGUGCCAACCUCUACAACCACUACCUCCAGAGAUCUCAACGCACCAAGGCUCAGAUGCAGGCUAAAGGUGGAGGAGUGGAAACGGUUGAUGACACUCCGAAGAUGACAUCAGCAGAGCUAGGCGGAGCAUCAUUUGCAUACGGGGCUGAAGAGGACCUCCCUGAGGGGUGCAGCUCUAUCCUGGUGUGCACAGGAGUGUACAGCAGAGACCAGCAGGAGCUCCUUACAGAUCCAACUCACACAGUCACCGAGCAGCGCAUCUUCCACGGCCACAGGGACUUUCGCUUUGACCCCACCCUGACGCAGCCAUCCUUCGUGGUCCAGGAUGUGAAGGAGGCAGUGGAGCUGGUGUUUGAGCAGGAGGGCUGGCCUCUUGAGUAGGACGAAGAUCAAGUCUCGAUUUAUCUUACAGCCAUCCAGCAGUAGCUCUAACAGCUUUUAAGUGGUAUUAGAAAUGUGUUUUUUCUUUAUGAAUAUCACAGGGGAGAUGUAACUCUUACUUUACAACAUUUUUAGAGACUUGUGAAGUGCCAUGGAAGCAAAAAGCAACAAAAUGCAGCUUUAACAAAAAUAUAAGUUACACAUUUUAAGUCGGUUGUGCAUGUUAGUGUGUCACUGACUACUUUUUUGCCUUUGUUUCUUUUUAACACAAAGUCAGAAACACAUUUUGAAGUAGUUUGAUGCAUUACUUAUGCACUCAAGAGUUUGAUAUCAUAUGUGUUGGUUCAUUGAUAAAAAUCUAAACAUAGUUAGAACAUAGUUUCAUCUAAAGCAGGCUAACUUUCAGAUAUACCCCCAUUUUGACCCUCCAGCAGGUCUGAACCUUGUUUGACUGCUAUCAUAGUUCAGCCUGUUUUGUGUUGAAGCUAUGUUAAAUGCCUAACCACUACUGUUGAGAAGAUUAAGCCAGCCGGUUUCACUCAAGUACCUCAUCAAUCUGAGUUUUAGUUUUAGGCCACAGUAGGUUUUUUAAUUGUUAUUUUGAAAAGUUUAUGGCAUUAUACAGUGUUUCAGCAGAAACAAGGCAGGUGCUAUUUUUACAAUAAAGGGGUUUUAACUAUAAAAAUUUGUUUUAUUUACAGUUUAUGUGAACGUCCAUGUUGGAGGGCUUAAGUAUGGGAGAAAGAAUGCCAUAAAAGUUGCAGAAACGUAAUUUUCAAAGGUUGUUGUUUGUGACUUAUACUUGUGAUUUAGAAGUUUAACCAUGUCUAAACAGCAGGUGACUGCAGGUUUACACUGUGGAACUCUGAUAAUGCACUGUAAAAGCCAUACUGUAUGAAAGAACAUUAAAAAGGACACAUAAAGUUGC